AUGGACAGAGAACAAGAAGAGAUGCAAUUCCUAGGACUCUUUGGCAUCUACAGAGAGUCCUACAAGAUCAUCAUCUCAUGGAGAAAGAUCUUCAGCCAAAUCACCCUAGCUCUAAUCCUCCCACUCACCUUCAUCUUCCUAGCCCAAAUCGAAGUCUCCAACUUCCUCAUCUCCAAGAUCGUCCGCACCGAAAUCCAGCUAGACGAAACCCCGAUAGGCACCAAGAAAUACAACAAACUCUCCGACCUUAUUUCCUCCGAAUGGACAACCUUCUUGCUAUUCAAAUUCAUCUACUUCACCUUCCUCCUAGUCUUCUCUCUCCUCUCCACCGCUGCGGUGGUCUACACCAUCGCAUGCGUCUACACCGCACGUGAUAUCACUUUCAAGAAAAUCAUGAGCGUCGUCCCAAAAGUCUGGAAAAGACUCAUGAUCACUUUCUUGUGCGCCUUCCUCGCUUUCUUCGCAUACCAUGUUCUCGCUUUCCUAACCAUAGUUUUAUGGUUUUUCACUGUAGGCUUUACGAAACUUGGUUGGUUUGUUUUUUUCGUUUUGUGGAUCAUCUACGUUAUUGGGUCUUUGUACCUCACCAUUGUUUGGCAACUCGCUAGCGUUGUGUCGGUGUUGGAGGAUUAUAAAGGGCUUAGAGCCAUGCUUAAGAGCAAGGACUUGAUAAAGGGAAAGAUGUGGAUCGCCAUAGUCGUCUUCUUCAAGUUGAAUUUUAGUCUGGUUUUGAUACAAAUUUUAUUUCAAAAAGUUGUUGUUUAUGGAGAGCUGGGUGGGUUCAGUAGGGUCGUGUUUGGGAUACUGUGUUUUUUGCUGCUUUUUAAGCUGUUUUUGUUCGGACUUGUUAUUCAAACGGUGAUCUACUUCGUCUGUAAAUCAUACCACCAUGAAAAUAUCGACAAGUCAAGCCUUUCGGAUCAUCUCGAAGUUUAUUUAGGCGAUUAUGUUCCUUUGAAGACCAAGGAUGUUCAGCUAGAGCAAUUGGAUGUUUAG